CCAAUCGGUUACGAUCCAACUAAGCCAAAGACUUUGUGCGUGUAUGCAUACAAAAACGAUAUUGCUUUGUUUCAUUGUGAUCCAUUGAUGAGUCAGAAUGUUGGAAACACAGAGAGUCUUCAUCCUUUGUUUUUUGCUCAUUCUCUUCACAUCUCAUUCUUUUGUCUCCGCUCUUCAAACCUUCCAGAAGAUUCCUCUGCCACCAAGAGCCUCUGGUCCAGAAGCUUUUGCUUUCGAUUCUCACGGUGGAGGACCUUAUACUGGAGUCUCCGGCGGCAAGAUCCUAAAAUACCAAGGACCAAAACUUGGCUUUACAGAGUUCGCUUAUAUUACAUCAAUCGCGAACAAGUCACUGUGUGAUAAAGCAGUAGGGACUUUUCUUGGUAACAUAUGUGGUAGACCAGUCGGUUUAGCUUUCAAUGAGAUAACCGGAGAUUUGUACAUAGCCGAUGCAUUCUUGGGUUUGUACCUGGUUUCACGCCGCGGAGGCCAAGCCAAGCGCCUAGCCGAUAGCGCAGGUGGUUCACCUUUUAAAUUCCUUGACGGUUUAGAUGUAGAUCCAGUCACCGGUUCGGUUUACUUCACAUCUUUCAGCACAAGAUUUGGCCCCAGUCAACUUGUCUUGGCGGUUGCUGUUAACGAUGCAACGGGGAGGUUCUUUAGGUACGAUCCAAAGACUAAAAGCGUAACCGUUUUGUUAAGCGGUCUAAGUGGCUCCGCCGGAUGCGCCGUGAGCUCCGACGGAGAGUUUGUUCUGGUGGGAGAGUUCUUGAGGAAUAGAAUCUUAAGGUAUUGGAUCAAGGGUCCAAAAGCCAACACGUGGGAGAUUUUCGUACCUUCGAUCCCUGGUCCUGACAACAUAAGGAAAACAGACGGUGGAGAUUUCUGGAUCGCUUCCAACUCCGUGAAGCUUAUAGUAGUCCCUACCGAGCCGUCAGCGGUGAAAGUCAACGCCGGCGGUGAGAUUAUACGGCGUAUGUCUCUAGGAGAAUAUUAUGGAGAUACGUUAGUUAGUGAAGUGAAUGAAUAUAAAAGUGUUGUUUAUGUCGGAACACUCACGACCAACUUUGUUGGUAACAUGUAAUAUUGUAAGUUUGUAACAAAAGAUGUCAGAAAUAAUAAUGCUUCCAAGUUCCAUCUCAAAAUGAUAUAUAUUUUACAUAAAAAG